AUGAGCGAAUCGUCGUACUUAAAUGAUCCAGAUUUAUUUCUGGAGCACGCGACCUUCCCCCAUCUUACUGGUGUUGAGGGGGAUGCCCUUAAUCGCCUCGCGGCGAUAUCGGGAGAGGCAUUCGUCGCGUCGCUGAUGAGAUCAGCGACCCCUGACGCGCAACAUCUCGCCAUAUAUGAGUUUAUGGCACGCGAACUCGCCGAAUCCAACCGGCGAGGCUUAACUCCCUCGCGCCCUACACGUAAUGAGGCCGUGAAGAUGGAAACCUCCUCCUACUCUGGAGAAGGUAAGGACCGGUUAUCGCUGAACCGGUGGUUCCGAGAAGUUUAUAUCGCCAUCGCCUCGAGACUUCUUGAGGCACCCCAGGCGAAGGUCAACUUUCUUCUUUCCCGCCUCACCGGGAAGGCCAAGGAGUGGGCCCUUGGUAAGCUCGUUGUGAACGAGCACGCAUUUCCCACCCUGGAUACCAUCCAGGACGAUCUUCUUCUUGCUUUCGAUCCACCGCAAGAGGAGAAACUGGUGCGAUCAAGAUUCAUGUCUAUGCGACAGGGUAAAAUGGCGAUGCGUGACUACGUGCAGAUGGCUAGGCAUCUGGCGUCGUGUAUUAUCACGCACCCCAUGGACAUGUACACGCAGGUGAAUGUCUUUGUGGAUGGUAUGCGUGAGGGGCAGAACCGCUUAUCGCUGGAGCGCGCCGAUCCUGCCACAAUGGAGGAGGCAUUUGCCAUCGCACUCCAACCUAUGGAGAUCGACGUGAUUGAGUCGUCGGGUUACCGACGACGUGUCAUUUCCCAUAAGGGUGACGCUCUCGCCGGGCGUCAAAUGGUUUGCUUUCGUUGUCGCAAGCCAGGACAUCGCGCGGCUGAGUGCCGUGCGCUAGCACCGAUAUCGGUGCAAGUAGUGGAUGUCCAUCAUGAGGGUGCUGUACCGGCCACACGUCCAAGAAAACGGUCAGGACCAGUAGGUGCAGGGCGCCCUACUCGAUGGAACGGAGGUCCAGGUCCAUCGGUGGCAGCCCAACCUUCCAGUACUCCUGCGCUACGCGCACGGUUAAAUGCCACCACUACGAGUGGUGAUUUACGUCUGAUUAAUGUCAGCUUACAUGUCGCCGGCGUCCGGCGACCUCUGCGAGCACUCCUGAACUCAGGAGCAACGAAUAAUUUCUUUCGUAUAUCUAGUUUAUCGAUGCUUCCUCCCAGCAUUCAGGUCCGUGAGGGACCUGGCCAGGUCGUCUUCAAGUUAGCUGACGGGAAACCACACCUCGUAUCGCGGCGCAAAGUGUUGUUGCCGUACACGUUUGAUGGUUUUCGCAGUAAUGAUGAUUUCUUGGUGAUCGCGAUGAAUUAUGCAUUCGAUUGCAUACUGGGCAUGCCAUGGUUGGCACGUUAUAAGCCCCAGAUCGACUGGUUAGCCAGAUCAGUGAGACGUCGACGCAAGUUCGAUGUCAGUGAAGUGUUUACCCAUCUCUUGGUAUCUCCAAGUGACUGGCCGAACGUCACAGUCGUGGAUCGUGAUUCCACAACGCUGGCGAGCGAAGAGGACGACGAGGACGACGCGGUCGAGCAGGGGUUCCCGCGCGUCAUUAAUGCGGUUGAACAGGGGUUCCCGCACGGGCUCCCACAAGGGCAUUGUGACGAAGAGCAAGAGCUCGCCAACGAGUGUGAUGUGGACGGACAGGAGUCCUCACGCGAGAGCAUGAUGGUCGAACCGGGGUUCCCAUCAUCACCCACUGUGGUCGAACCGAGGUUCCCACAUGGGCAUAUUGUGGUCGAGCAGGGGCUCCCACACGAGUACAACGUGGACGGACAGGAGUCCCCACGCGAGAGCAUGAUGGUCGAACCGGGGUUCCCAUCAUCACCCACUGUGGUCGAACCGAGGUUCCCACAUGGGCAUAUUGUGGUUGAGCAGGGGCUCCCACACGGGUUUACGGCGGCCGAGCAGGAGCUCCCGCAUCAAGUGUCGACGGUCGAGUUUGGGGUACUCCCGUCCAGUGUUUCCGGCAUCGUGGAUGAAGACAUCCAGUGCGUAGAGGGGGGUGAUGGUUUAUCACCUGACUGCGGUUCGCCAGCUUCGAGUAGUGACUCGAAGCACGAUGGGGACAACAGCACCGAGAAUUUAGCGUUGGAAUGUGUCCACGCUAUCGUGUACGUGUAA